AUGCCCAUCGACCCGCAGGUCGAAGCCCUCUGCAAGACCUUUGGCAUUGAAGAGCGGAUCAUGCGUCGGCUUCAUGAUGUCAUGCUGACGCGAGAAGCCACGUUUGAUUCCGACAUCAAAGCCUUGUGGGAGGUUUGCGAAAAUGCAUCCAAGCCCUCGGGGUUCUUGAUGGUGAAAAUUGGUGAGAUGGAGUGGCUUGGCUGCAUGGCGGGCAUCCCAUACGUCUCGGUCCAGAUCCCGUCGCCGGCGCUAGGUCCGCAGCUUGACGCGGCCGCCCGGCAGCUCCUGGAAGUACGAGGAGACUUCUGCGCACGAGCCGCUGAAGAGAUCAGAAAAUGCGGAGUGUACAUCUAUGAGGAGCCAAUGAUCAGGCCUCCUGGACCCUUUCGAGUGCAACGCCAUUUGCCAGCCGUUGGCGAAGUUCCUGGACUUCCGCUUGACCUCCAGGCCGCAGUUCACACACCCCGGCUACGUGCGGUGUCAUCCAGGAAUUCCUCCAGAUCUGACUGCCAUGGCAAAGUCUCAAGACCUUCUACCAGGGAAAGGAGACAAAGACCCCGGCCAUCUUCGCCUUGGAAGAGGUGCCACCUGACGGAGAUGGAGAUGGAGGGCAGCAAUUUCGCUUCUCGGAAGUCCAAAGCUUCAGAGGUUAGAAGUGCUCAGAUGCGCAGCUGGAAGCGCUGGAGAGCGCCUCCUAACCAGACAACGAUGCCAAAGGUGAUUUCCAUGAAGGGCCUUGAAGACACCCAAAUUGUACUGCAGAACAGGCAAGUGCUGCUGGAAGAGACCAAUGCAGGACUUAUGGGUGGCGCCCCCUUCCUGACUGAUCCCGCUGAGCGGGACUCAGCCUAA